AUGUUGGAAGGCAUUUGCAACAAACUGGUGCUCAUCUAUGACCCUGAAAUUGUCCUCAAUAUGCAGUCGGCGAAUGGCGAAAUCGACCAAUCCUUGGGCCUUGCACGCAACAUUCCAUUCCUCAUCGGUGACAUUACCCUGUACCUCCAAGUCCACAUCAUUCGGAACCCAGCCUACGACGUUCUCCUCAGUCGGCCCUUUGACAUCCUCACCGAAAGUAUUAUCAAGAAUUAUUUGAAUGAAGACCAGACGAUCACCAUCAUCAAUAUGCCGGUGGUCGAACACAAGCCCUGGGUACAAUGCAACAUUCCAAUUCUACCAGGCAUCUACGAUGAAGUGUGCCGACUUAUCAAAACUAAGAUCGCCGCUGGAGUCUAUGAGCCGUCGAAUUCAUCCUACCGAUCACACUGGUUUACAGUCAUCAAGAAGACAAAUAGCACCUCCACUGGGACUAAACUCCGAAUUGUUCACAGCCUCGAACCCCUGAACGCCGUUACCAUCCAGCAUUCAGGUGUGCCCCCAUAUACCAAUCAGAUCGCUGAACAGUUUGCAGCUUGCGCUUGUGGCGGCAUUCUGGAUCUCUACGUUGGCUAUGACAAACGAGGGCUCGCCGAAUCAUCUCGCAACUUCACCACAUUCCAGACCCCAUUCGGCGCCCACCGACUUCCAGAAAUUCCAGACACCACCAUUCCUUUCAUUGACGAUGUUCCGAUUCAGGGCCUGCUGGCCCAAUACGAACUGCUGAACGGAGGCUUCGAGACGCAUCCCGACAACUCUGGCAUACAGCGCGGAGGAACAUUUUCGGGACACAAGGCGACACUCUGCUCAGCUGAAAUCACGGUGGUCGGCCAUCGCUGCACGUACAAAGGAAGAUUACCCAACGAGUCUAGGGUAGAGUCAAUUAUGAAGUGGGGACCUUGCAGGGAUCUCUCGGAUGUUCGGGCAUUUCUGGGGACGAUCGGUGUCAUUCGGAUCUUCAUUCGGAAUUUUGCACACCGGGCGCAUGCACUAACUAUGUUAAUGUGCAAAGAUUUUCCAUUCGUGUUUGGCCCAGACCAGAUAGCAGCCCAAGAUGAUCUCCGGUCAGCACUGCUCAAACCACCAGCCCUUCGGCCAAUCAACUAUGGGUCAGCAGCCAACGUCAUCCUCGCCGUCGAUACCUCACAAAUCGCGGUCAGCUUCCACCUCUGCCAAUGCGCACUCAACAAUCCACAGCCGAAGCUCGAACUCUACGAAUCUGAUAGAGUAGAUGCAUGCUACACCAAGGGCAUGCUCACUAACCCGGAUCUAGAACCCAGCGCCAGCAUCAAUCGGUGGAUUGUCUCCAUCCUCACCUUCCAUUUCACACUUGUCCACAUCCCCGGCACCUCGCACGGCCCCAAUGGACUCUCCCGACGACCACCACAACCCGCCGACCAACCCGAACCUAAAGACAACUUUGACAACUAG